AUGGCAUCGUUGCCAAGGAUACUAGCAAAAGGUGUCGCAAACAUGACCUUGGUAAUAGUGUUUUGUAUAGGUUUAAUUUGUAGGCUUGGCCAGGAUACUCAAAGCUGUUUGCUGUUCUUGAAUAAAUCACAGGAAUUGGUUAUAGCUGGUAAAUUGCAAAUAAAGGUCCUAUUAGGAACGGUGGAUAUCCUCGGCUAUAAAGUUAAUGAGAAUGAGCCUGAUUUCAUCAAGAUUUACUCCCCUAUGUGUAACAGCCUACUCGUUAUGAAAGAAUGCCACGGCCGAGAAAUCGAAGCGAAUGAAAACAGCAAAGUUAUUGCUUUCCUAAAGUCUGAAAAUGACUACAGUUCUCUCAGUAAAAAAACCCUAAAACGUAUACUUCAUAGUUCUACUGUCAUCGUAGCCAAGCAAUUAGAUGAUUGGCAUUGCGAUUAUGUCACUAGUUUUGCUCCAUUUAAUAAUCUCUUUAACCUUGAUAUUAAUAUUCCGCAAAUUAGCAAUGAUCAAAGUAAUCAAGCUGGCGAAAAAAGUCAAGAUCAGAACCUUAAACUCGCAAAUGAUAUUGCUAAAACACUUGGAUUUCAGCUAUUGGAUAAGGGAAAAUGUCCAUUGUCAUAUCAUCAUACUCCAGAAGAUUGGCAAAAGAUUACUAAUGAUUUAUUAAAUUUACAUCAGAACGCCUGCGAUAAUCGUCCCACAGAUUGUAAAAUUCUUAUUUGUGGCGGUAAAGAUGUCGGUAAAUCUACUUUCUGUAGAUAUCUCUUAAAUUCAUUAUUAACAUGCUUUAAUCAGGUUGCAUUCAUGGAAAGCGACAUUGGUCAGACCGAAUUUACACCCUCUGGAUUUGUUGCAUUAAAUAUUGUAACAAAACCUGUUUUAGGCCCACCCUUUACGCAUCUUCGACAGCCUAGCUUAUCCUACUUUAUUGGAGAGGCCUCAGCGAGAAAUAGUCCAACUAAUUACUCACAAGCUAUCACUAAAUUAUUUGAAAGAUACAUGUCAAUUUCUCAAGAAUCUAAUGUAUUAAUUCCUCUAAUUAUAAAUACUCACGGUUGGCCACGCGGCCUAGGAAUUCCUUUACUAUUAGAUAUCAUCCGCAUCACUCAACCUACUCGAAUUCUUCAGUUUCAUUCUCCCACUAUUAAGAAUCGUAAUCUACCUAUUCUAACAAAACAAUUUCUAAAUCAUUGUCAAGGAUGGUUAACUUCCACGACACUUUUAACGGAUAACCUAUUAGACGGAUUAAUGACAGCAAAUGAAACAAAUCAUAGCCCUAGCAAUAUUGACGACGAAGAAAUUGCUCAAUCUCAAACAGAAGAUGAUCAAGGAAAUGUAGAUCUUAGCCUGUCACCUCGUGAUGCUUUAGAAAUUGAUAAUAUGGCUUUCAUUACUUCUGCAAUUGGCCAAAAAAGAAAAGCCAUGAAUUAUGUAGAACGACCUUUUCCUAAAGCAUUAAAAAGUGUACAAACUAUUGACCAACUUGAUGGCGAUGAUGAAAAACCAUCAGUUGAUUCAACCGAUGAAAUGGCGCUUGUUGUAACAAUUGUAAAUGCUGUCCACAACGCUUCUGCUAAAAAACAAUUAACGACUUUUCGGCCAGCUGAUCACCGUGAUAUGUCACUGUUAUCUUACUUUUCCAACUUGUACGAGAGUCCUAACAGAAAGCUACCUGUACCUCCGUUGUCAACUAUUAUGCCGUAUCUGGUGCCAUAUCCGUCGGUAGCUGUUCAUGUCAUACACCAAGAAGUAACAUCCAAUCAAGUCAUGUAUGCAAUUAAUGGAAGUGUAGUUGCGUUAUCGUGCUGUGAUCCUUCCAAGCUUUUGGAGAGUGAGAGACCAGGAUUAUCAAAGUCUAUUGGAAGACAAUUACUUUUACCUUCUUAUGGACUAGGAAUAGUACGUGCAAUUGAUGCUAAGCAAAAACUGUUGUAUAUCUUAACGCCUCUAAAAGAAUGCAAUUUAAAGGAUAUAAAUGUAAUUCUUAAAGGAUCAGUCGAAUUACCGAUAUAUUCAUUAAUUGGGAACAUAACAGGCCAUGUUCCGUAUGUAUCGACCGAUUUUUCAUAUCAUAUUACUGGUGGAGGUGCUAGAAAAGCUAGACACCAUGUUCUUCGUCGUGGGAUACAUAAAUAA